CUUUGGGCCUCGGAGGAAGUCCCAGCUCCCCGGGCCUUUCCCUGCCCACCUACUUGGACCCUACUGGAGGGAUCUCAUGCAAAGGCCCGCUGACAGGGCGGCUCACCAGGAGGACUUGGCGGCUGCAGAGAAGGAGCCAGAGCCAAGCAACGCUCGGAGGACUUCACUUAAGAGAGUCACCUUGGGAGAAGAAGUUGUUCCACCUGUGGGAAUGUGUUCUCCUCGAUUGCUGCUAGUGCCCAGGAUUCAUUUGUGACUUGGCAAAUCAAGACAAGUUCCAUGCUUUCUGGAGUGGCACAGACCUUCACCUAAUUGGGGGAAGAAUUCCCAGCGUUUGGUUCAUGCUACAUGAGGGACCAUGGCAGCCUCCCGGACAACCUCAAGGUCUCCUCGGGACAUCGCCAAUGUGAUGCAGAGGCUGCAAGAUGAGCAAGAGAUUGUACAAAAACGCACUUUCACAAAAUGGAUCAACUCUCAUCUGGCCAAGAGGAAGCCCCCGAUGGUGGUUGAUGAUCUUUUUGAAGAUAUGAAAGAUGGUGUCAAACUGCUGGCUCUUCUGGAAGUUCUGUCUGGGCAGAAACUGCCCUGUGAGCAAGGGCGCCGCAUGAAGCGAAUUCACGCCGUGGCUAACAUCGGCAGGGCGCUCAGCUUCCUGGAAGGGAGAAAGUCCAUGUACAGAGGAUCACCGAUCAAGUUAGUCAAUAUUAACUCCACUGACAUAGCUGAUGGCCGGCCAUCCAUUGUUCUUGGCCUGAUGUGGACCAUUAUUCUGUAUUUCCAGAUUGAAGAGCUGACCAGCAACCUGCCACAGCUGCAGUCUUUGUCCAGCAGCGCAUCCUCCCUGGACAGCGUUGUCAGCUCAGAGACGACCAGUCCACCAACUAAACGCAAGGUGGCCACCAAGAUCCAAGGAAAUGCCAAGAAGGCGCUGUUAAAAUGGGUUCAGUGUGCAGUAGGCAAGCAGACUGGAAUAGAAGUAAAAGAUUUUGGACGAAGCUGGAGGAAUGGGGUUGCCUUUCAUUUCGUUAUCCAUGCCAUUCAACCCACGCUGGUGGACUUGGAGAAGGUGAAAGGCAGAUCUAACAGAGAAAAUCUGGAGGAUGCUUUUGCUAUUGCAGAAACACAAUUGGGCAUCCCAAGGUUGCUGGAUCCUGAAGAUGUGGAUGUAGACAAACCAGAUGAGAAGUCCAUUAUGACUUAUGUGGCCCAGUUUCUGAAACAUUAUCCUGACAUCCACAGCACAGGCACUGAGGGGCAAGAGACUGAUGAAAUACUACAAGUUUUCCAAUCUUUUGCAAAUUCUACCCAAAAUUUUAAGAGAGAAGACAGAUUAAUUCUGAAAGAAAUGAAAAUUUGGAUAGAACAAUUUGAAAGAGAUGUGACAAGGGCACAGGUGACAGAAUCAAAUCUGCAGGAUAAAUAUCAGUCAUUUAAGCACUUCAGAAUUCAAUACGAAAUAAAAAGGAAACAGAUUGAACAUUUAAUACAGCCGUUAACUAGAGAUGGUAAAUUAUCACUUGACCAAGCACUGGUAAAACAGUCCUGGGACAGACUGUCCUCCAGGCUCUUUGAUUGGCAUAGCCAGCUUGACAAAUCGCUCCCGGCACCCCUGGGCACUAUAGGUGCCUGGCUGUACAGGGCAGAGGUGGCCUUGAAAGAGGAAAUAGCUGUUCAGCAGGCCCAUGAGGAAACUGCAAACACAAUACAACGGAAACUCGAGCAGCAUAAGGAUCUGCUUCAAAAUACAGAUGCCCACAAAAGAGCAUUCCAUGAAAUCUACCAGACGAGGUCUGUUAACGGGAUCCCGGUGCCACCUGACCAAUUAGAGGACAUGGCUGAGAGGUUUCAGUUUGUUUCCUCCACAUCAGCGUUGCACUUAAGAAAAAUGGAAUUUCUAGAAUUAAAGUACCGCCUGCUCUCCCUGCUGGUUCUUGCAGAGUCAAAGCUGAAAUCAUGGAUCAUCAAGUAUGGGAGACGGGAGUCAGUGGAGCUGCUUCUGCAAAACUACAUUUCUUUUAUAGAAAAUAGCAAAUUUUUUGAUCAAUAUGAAGUAACAUAUCAGAUCUUGAAGCAGACAGCUGAGAUGUAUAUUAAAGCAGAUGGUUCAGUGGAGGAAGCUGAGAAUGUGAUGAAAUUCAUGAAUGAAACCACUGCUCAGUGGAGGAAUCUCUCAGUGGAAGUCAGGAGCGUGAGGAGCAUGCUAGAGGAGGUGAUCUCUAACUGGGAUCGCUAUGGCAACACCGUAGCUAGUCUUCAGGCCUGGCUAGAGGAUGCUGAAAAAAUGCUGAAUAAGUCAGAAAAUGCUAAAAAGGACUUUUUCCGAAAUUUACCUCACUGGAUUCAGCAGCACACUGCUAUGAACGAUGCUGGCAAUUUUCUAAUCGAAACUUGUGAUGAGAUGGUUUCUCGUGACCUCAAGCAGCAAUUGCUCCUACUCAAUGGGCGAUGGAGGGAGUUAUUUAUGGAAGUCAAGCAAUAUGCUCGAGCGGAUGAGAUGGACAGAAUGAAGAAAGAAUACACAGACUAUGUCACUACGCUCUCAGAUUUUGCAGCUGAAGCCCAUAAGAAAUUUGCUGAACCUUUAGAAGUCUCUUUUAUUAAUGUCCAGUUGUUAAUUCAAGACUUAGAGGAUAUUGAGCAGAGGAUUCCUGUGAUGGAUGCUCAGUACAAGAUGAUCACAAAGACAGCACAUCUCAUUGCCAAAGAAAGCACUCAAGAAGAAGCUAAUGAGAUGUUUUCGAACAUGUCCAGGCUCAAAGAGCAGCUUGCCAAGGUCAAAGACGAUUGCUCACCACUCCUGUAUCAGUCUCAGCAGCUGUUGAUUCCACUGGAAGAAUUAGAAAAGCAGAUGACAUCUCUCUAUGACACACUUGGGAAAAUCAAUGAGAUUAUAACAAUUCUUGAGCAUGAGGCCCAAUCUAGUGCUCUUUUUAAACAAAAACAUCAGGAACUGCUGGCUUGUCAAGAAAGCUGUAAGAAAACUUUAACACUCAUUGAGAAAGGCAGCCAAAGUGUUCAAAAGUUUGUGACCUUAAGCAGUGUAUUAAAGCAUUUUGAUCAAACCAAGCUACAAAGACAGAUUGCAGAUGUUCAUGUUGCUUUUCAGAAUAUGGUAAAGAAAACUGGAGAUUGGAAAAAGCAUGUGGAAACCAAUAGUCGCUUGAUGAAGAAGUUUGAGGAGUCUCGGGCAGAGUUGGAGAAGGUGCUUCGGGUCGCUCAGGAGGGCCUGGAAGAGAAGGGAGACCCUGAAGAGCUUCUGCGGAGACACACGGAGUUUUUCAGCCAGCUGGAUCAGAGGGUCCUUAACGCUUUCCUGAAAGCUUGUGAUGAACUCACGGACAUCCUCCCCGAGCAGGAGCAACAGGGGCUGCAGGAAGCGGUCAGGAAGCUGCACAAACAGUGGAAGGAUCUUCAAGGAGAAGCCCCUUAUCAUUUGCUCCAUUUGAAGAUUGCUGCAGAGAAGAACAGAUUCUUGGCUUCUGUAGAAGAAUGUAGAGCAGAGCUGAACCGAGAGACCAACCUGGUGCCCCAGGAAGGCAGCGAAAAAAUCAUUAAAGAGCACAGGAUUUUCUUCAGUGACAAAGGUCCUCAUCAUCUCUGUGAGAAAAGGUUACAGCUCAUUGAGGAAUUGUGUAUGAAACUCUCCGCCCGGGAUCCAGUAAGGGACACACCUGGCACCUGUCACACGGCUCUUAAAGAACUCAAAGCUGCCAUCAAUGCCACCUAUGCAAAGCUGGUGGAGGACCCAGACAAGUGGAAGGACUACACUAGCAGGUUUUCUGAGUUCUCAUCUUGGAUAUCAGCCAAGGAGACACAGUUGAAGGGAAUCAAGGAUGCAGCCAUUGAUACUGCCAAUCACAGUGAGAUUAAAUGUACAGUGGAAGAGAUCAGACAUGAUGUUACCACAAGAGGUGAGAAUCUUAGCUGGCUGAAAUCCAGGCUCAAAAUUUUGAUGGAGGUUUCUUCUGAGAAUGAAGCCCAACAGCGAGGAGAUGAGCUGGCAAAAUUAUCCAGCUCUUUCAAGGAACUCACCACUUUGCUGUCAGAGGUUGAAAAAAUGAUAAACAACUUUGGGGAAUGUGUUCAGUACAAAGAAAUAGUAAGAAGUUCCCUCGAAGAAUUAAUUUCUGGCUCUCAGGAAGCCAAAGAUGAAGCUGAGAAGAUUUUAGACACUGAUAAUCUGUUUGAAGCCCAGCAGUUGCUCCUUCAUCACCAGCAAAAGACAAAGAUGAUCUCAGCAAAGAAGAGAGACCUGCAGCAGCAGAUGGGGCAGACGCAGCAGGGAGCAGGUGGGCUGGCUGACCCGGGCAGGGAGGAGCUGCAGAAGCUGGAGAGAACACUGGCCAGUGUGGAGCACAACAGGGAGAGGCAGGAGCGGCGCAUCCAGGUCACAUUAAGAAAAUGGGAGCGAUUUGAGACAAACAAAGAGACCGUGGUCAGAUACCUUUUUCAAACAGGUUCCAGCCACGAACGUUUCCUGAGUUUUAGCAGUUUGGAAAGUUUGUCUUCAGAAUUGGAGCAGACAAAGGAGUUUUCUAAACGGACAGAAAAUAUUGCCAUCCAGGCUGAGAACCUUGUAAAGGAAGCUUCAGAGAUACCACUUGGGCCCAAGAAUAAGCAGCUGCUUCAGCAGCAGGCCAAGUCAAUUAAAGAGCAAGUCACAAAAUUAGAAGACACACUUGAAGAAGAUAUUAAAACCAUGGAAAUGGUGAAAAACAAGUGGGAUCAUUUUGGCAGUAAUUUUGAGACCCUGUCCAUCUGGAUAACUGAGAAAGAAAAAGAACUCAAUGCCCUGGAAGCUUCGUCAUCUGCCAUGGACAUGCAAAUCAGCCAAAUUAAGGUCAUAAUUCAGGAAAUAGAAAAUAAGAUCAGCAGCAUCACUGGACUGGAAGAACAAGCUCAGUCUUUUGCUCAAUUUAUUACCACUGGAGAAUCUGCUCGAAUCAAAGCCAAGUUGACUCAAAUAAGGAGAUACUGGGAAGAACUCAGGGAGCAUGCACAGUGCCUGGAAGGAACAAUCCUUGGGCAUUUAUCUCAGCAGCAAAAGUUCGAAGAGAAUCUUAGAAAGAUCCAGCAAUCUGUGUCUGAAUUUGAAGAUAAACUUGCUGAUCCAAUUAAAAUGUGUUCAUCAGCUACAGAAACAUAUAAAGUUCUCCAAGAACAUAUGGAUCUCUGUCAGGCCCUGGAGUCUCUGAGCAGCACAGUCACCGCUCUUUCAGCCAGUUCCCGGAAGGUAGUGAGCAGAGAUUCCUGCAUCCAAGAGGCCACAGCUCUUCAGCAGCGGUACGAGGGGACGCUCCGACGGGUAAAAGACAGACAGACUCUGCUGGAGAACCUGCUGGCCCACUGGCAGAGGCUAGAGAAAGAACUGUCAUCCUUUUUGACGUGGUUGGAGCGGUGUGAAGCCAUAACCAGUUCCCCAGAGGUGGACAUUUCUGCAGACAGAGUGAAAGUGGAAAGUGAACUUCAGUUAAUACAGGCCCUGCAGAAUGAAGCCAUUUCCCAGUCCUCCUCGUACAGCAGGCUCUUACAGCUGAAGGAAUCACUGUUCUCAAUUGCUUCCAAAGACGAUGUGAAAAUGAUCACUCUGCAUUUGGAGCAGUUGGAUGAGAGAUGGAGGAAUUUGCCACAGAUAAUUAGCAAAAGGAUUAAUUUUCUCCAGUCUGUGGUUGCUGAGCACCAGCAGUUUGAUGAGCUGCUCCUCUCCUUUUCCACGUGGAUUAAGCAGUUUCUCAGUGAAUUACAAAUGACAUCCGAGAUCAGCAUAAUGGACCAUCAAGUGGCUCUCUCUCAGCACAAGGACCAUGCAGCAGAAAUAGUGAACAAAAAGAGAGAAUUGCAGAGUCUGCAGGGGCACUUGGCAAAGCUGGGGUCUCUGGGUCGACCUGAAGACCUCCACCUCCUCCAGGGCAAGGCAGAGGACUGUUUCCAGCUCUUGGAGGAGGCCACACAGGUGGUGGAGAGGCGGCAGCUCGCCUUGUCCCAGCUGACUGAAUUCGUACAGCGCCAGGCCUCUUUGUCUGGAGCACUCCACCAGCUGAAGCAAGCAGUGGAAACCACGAGUAGCAUGACUAAGAAGCAGUCGGACUUGCUAGAAAAGGACCUGAAUGACGCCAUUCAGGAUGUGAAGACGCUAGAAUCCACUGCCAUAGGUCUCGAUGGCCUCCUCACCAAAGCCCAGUACCACUUGAGAAGCAGGCGGGCUGAGCACAGGACGUCCUGCAGAGCUGUGGCCGAUCAGCUCUCUUUAGAACUUGAGAGGAUCCAGAGCCUUCUGGGAAGCAAGCAGAGUGAGGCAGAUGCCCUGGCCUUGCUGAAGAAAGCAUUCCAGGAGCAGAGAGAGGGGCUGCUGAGGCGCAUCGAGGACAUCGAGGAAAGGGCUGACAAAGAGGGGCUGAAGGAACCCACCCGCCAGGCGCUUCAGCAGAGAUUGAGAGUCUUUAAUCAGCUAGAAGAUGAACUGAAUUCUCAUGAACACGAACUAUGCUGGUUGAAAGACAAGGCUAAGCAAAUUGCCCAGAAGGAUGUGGCUUUCGCUCCUGAAGUUGACAAGGUGAUAAAUCGCUUGGAAGUCACCUGGAAUGAUACCAAAAGACUAAUUCAUGAAAACCAAGGCCAAUGCUGUGGACUUAUUGAUUUAACGAGAGAGUAUCAGAACUUGAAGUCAACUGUCUCUAAAGUCCUAGAAAAUGCCAGCAGUGUCAUUGUAAUCAAAACUACUGUAAAAGAUCGGGAGGAUCUUAAGUGGGCUCUUUCCAAGCUUGAAACUGCCAAGAAUGAAAUGAACUGCAAGCAGAAGGAGCUGGACAGUUUUACCAGUAAAGGCAAACACUUGUUAGCAGAGCUGAAAAAGAUCCACAGUAGUGACUUCACCUUGGUGAAGACAGACAUGGAGAGCACCGUGGACAAGUGGCUGGAUGUAUCAGAGAAAAUUGAAGAAAACAUGGAAAAGCUGAAGAUUAGCCUGUCAAUUUGGGAGGAUGUACUUUCAAGUAAAGAUGAAAUCGAUGGAUGGUCAAACAGCUCCCUUCCACAGCUGGCUGAGAACAUCAGCAACCUGAACGACAGCCUCAGGACUGAAGAAUUCCUUAAAGAAUUUGAGUCUGAAGUUAAAAACAAAGCAUUGAAAUUGGAAGAACUGCAUUCCAAAAUUAAUGAUCUUAAAGAAUUAACUAAAAAUCCAGAAACACCACCAGACCUUCAGUUUAUAGAAGCAGAUUUAAGACAGAAACUGGAGCAUGCCAAAGAAGUAACUGAAGAAGCAAAAGGAACCUUGAAGGACUUUACUGCUCAAAGCAUAAAUGUAGAGAAAUUCAUCAAUGACAGAACGGAGUGGCUGAUGAAAGUGGAAGAGUCCCUGAUGAGCUGUGCCCAAGCCAAGACUUGUAAAGGACUAAAGAAAGUAAAGGAUAUAGAAAAAGAGCUUCAAAGUCAGCAAAGCAACAUCAGUUCUACUCAAGAGAAUCUCAACAGUUUGUGUCGCAAGUACCACUCGGCAGAGCUGGAGAGCCUGGGCCGGGCAAUGACAGGCCUGAUAAAGAAGCAUGAAGCUGUGAGCCAGCUGUGUUUCAAAACUCAGGCCAGCCUGCAGGAGUCUCUGGAAAAACAUUUCAAUGAUUCUAUGCAGGAAUUCCAAGAAUGGUUUUCGGGAGCAAAAGCAGCAGCCAAAGAAUCAUCGCAUCGAACUGGUGACAGUAAAGUUCUAGAGACAAAGCUCCAUGAUCUCCAGAACAUUCUGGACUCAGUCAGUGAUGGGCAAAGCAAACUUGAUGCAGUGACUCAGGAGGGACAGACUCUGUAUGCACAUCUAUCUAAGCAAAUGGUCGGUAGCAUUCAGGAGCAAAUUACCAAGGCGAAUGAAGAGUUUCAGGCAUUUCUGAAGCAGUGCCUUAAAGACAAGCAGGCUCUCCAAGACUGUGCUUCUGAGCUAGGGAGCUUUGAAGAUCAGCACAGAAAGCUGAACUUAUGGAUCCAUGAAAUGGAAGAAAGAUUAAAUACAGAAAAUUUAGGAGAGAGUAAGCAGCAUCUGCCUGAAAAGAAAAAUGAAGUUCAUAAAGUUGAAAUGUUUCUGGGAGAACUUCUGGCAGCUAGAGAGUCACUUGAUAAACUUUCCCAGAGAGGGCAGCUUCUCAGUGAAGAAGGUCAUGGUCCAGGGCAGGGUGGUCGCUUGGGCUCCCAGCUCCUCACCAGCUACCAGAACCUACUCAGAAUGACCAAGGAGAGACUGAGGGGCUGCCAGCUUGCCCUCCAGGAGCACGAGGCACUAGAGGAAGCACUCCAGGACAUGUGGUCCCAAGUGAGAGAAGUCCAAGACAGACUGGCCUGUGCAGAAAGCACACUUGGGAGCAAGGAGACCUUGGAGAGGCGACUGUCACAGAUACAGGAUAUUCUCUUGAUGAAAGGUGAAGGAGAGGUCAAGUUGAACAUGGCCAUUGGCAAAGGGGAACAGGCCAUUAGAAGCAGCAGCAAAGAAGGUCAGAAGGCAAUUCAAGCACAGUUGCAGACCCUUAAGAACACGUGGGCCGAUGUUGUGAGCACCUCUGUGCAUGCUCAGAGCACUCUAGAGUCUGUGCUUAGCCAGUGGAAUGACUACCUUGAAAGGAAACACCAGCUGGAGCAGUGGAUGGAAUCAGUGGAUGAAAAACUAGAACAUCCUUUACAGCUGCAGCCAGGCCUGAAGGAGAAGUUUUCCCUGCUAGACCAUUUUCAGGCCAUCAUGUCUGAGGCAGAUGAUCACACGGGAGCUCUGUACCGCCUGUGCGCCAAGUCCAGGGAGCUCUAUGAGAAGACUCAGGAUGAGUCCUUUAAGGAAACAGCUCAAGAGGAACUGAAGACACAGUUCCAUGAUAUCGUGACUGUGGCCAAGGAAAAAAUGAGGAAAGUGGAAGAGAUUGUGAAGGACCAUCUCAUGUAUUUAGACGCAGUCCAUGAAUUCACUGAUUGGCUCCAUUCAGCAAAGGAAGAACUCCAGAGGUGGUCAGAUAUGUCUGGGGAUUCAUCGGCCACCCAGAAAAAGUUGCUAAAAAUCAAGGAGCUGAUAGAUUCCAGAGAGCUAGGAGCAGGCCGCCUGGCCCGAGUGGAAUCGCUGGCCCCCGGAGUGAAGCAGCACACAGCUGCCAGUGGGUGUGAGCUCCUGCACACGGAGAUGCAGGCCCUGCGCGCCGACUGGAAGCAGUGGGAAGACAGCAUAUUCCGAACACAGAGCAGCCUGGAGGACCUGGUCAGUCAGAUGGCCCUUUCGGAGCAGGAGUUCUCAGGCCAAGUGGCCCAGCUCGAGCAGGCCCUGGGACAAUUCGGUGCCCUUCUGAAAACCUGGACUCAGCAGCUGGCCCUCCUGGAAGGCAAGAACACGGAUACUGAGUUAGUGGAAUCCUGGCACGCAGGGCAAGAGAUCUUGGAUGCACUACAAAAAGCAGAGCCUACAACAGAGGAUCUCAAGUCUCAGCUGAAUGAACUUUGUCGAUUUUCUAGAGACCUGAGUACAUACAGUGGAAAAGUUUCUGGCUUGAUUAAAGAAUAUAAUUGUCUCUGUUUGCAAGCAUCCAAGGGCUGCCAGAGUAAAGAACAGAUUUUACAGCAAAGAUUUCGAAAAGCCUUCAGGGAUUUUCAGCAGUGGUUGGUUAAUGCAAAAAUCACUACUGCCAAAUGUUUUGAUAUACCUCAAAAUAUUACUGAAGUUUCCGCAAGUCUGCAGAAAAUACAGGAGUUUUUGUCAGAAAGUGAAAAUGGGCAGCAUAAACUAAACACAAUGCUUUCCAAAGGAGAACUUCUGACUUCUCUGUUGACCAAAGAGAAAGCAAAAAGUAUCCAGGCCAAAGUUGAAGCUGCAAAAGAAGAUUGGAAAAAUUUCCAUUCAAAUCUCCACCAGAAGGAAUCUGCCCUAGAAAAUCUAAAGAUCCAGAUGAAAGACUUUGAAGUAAGCGCUGAUCCAGUGCAGAACUGGCUGAGCAAAACUGAGAAGCUGGUGCACGAAAGCAGCAACCGCCUCUAUGAUCUGCCAGCAAAGCGGAGAGAGCAGCAGAAGCUGCAGUCUGUCCUUGAGGAAAUUCACUGCUACGAGCAUCAGCUCAACAGGCUGAAAGAGAAAGCUCAGCAGCUGUGGGAAGGACAAGCUGCCAGCAAGAGCUUUAUGCACAGAGUGUCACAGCUGUCUGCUCAGUAUCUAGCGCUAAGCAAUUCAACCAAGGAGAAAGUAUCCAGACUGGACAGAAUCGUUGCAGAGCAUAAUCAGUUCUCCCUUGGGAUUAAAGAAUUACAAGACUGGAUGACGGAUGCAGUUCACACAUUGGACUCUUACUGCCACCCAACAUCCGACAAAAGUGUGCUGGACAGCAGGAUACUCAAGCUAGAGGCGCUGUUAUCAGUGAAACAGGAAAAAGAGAUACAGAUGAAAAUGAUAGUCACCAGGGGGGAGUAUGUGCUGCAGAACACCUCUCCGGAAGGCAUUCCUGCAAUUCAGCAGCAGCUGCAGGGUGUGAAGGACAUGUGGGCAUCCCUCCUGUCUGCAGCCAUUCGCUGUAAAAGUCAACUCGAAGGAGCGCUUUCGAAGUGGACAAGCUAUCAGGACGAUGUUCGACAGUUCUCUGGUUGGAUGGACAGCGUAGAAGCCAACCUAAGUGACUCCGAAAGGCAAUGUGCAGAGCUGCGGGAGAAAGUAACCGCUCUCGGGAAAGCCAAGCUGUUAAAUGAAGAAGUGCUAAGUCACCGUAGUCUGCUGGAGACCAUUGAAGUCAAAGGAGCCAGCAUGACGGAGCACUAUGUCACCCAGCUAGAGCUCCAGGAUCUGCAGGAGCGAUACCUAGCAAUCAGAGAGAGGGCCAAGGAAGCAGUAACCAAAUCUGAAAAACUUGUUCGUCUGCACCAAGAGUACCAGAGAGAUCUAAAGACCUUUGAAGUUUGGCUGGGACAAGAACAAGAAAAACUUGACCAAUACUCAGUUCUUGAAGGUGAUGCCCACAUUCAUGAAACAACACUGAGGGACCUUCAGGAGCUCCAAAUGCGUUGUGCAGAGGGACAGGCACUGUUGAACUCGGUGCUGCAUACCAGAGAGGACGUGAUUGUGUCAGGCAUCCCCCUGGCGGAGGACCGGGUGUUGGAGUCUCUCCGGCAGGACUGGCAGGCUUACCAGCACCAACUCUCUGAGACUCGGACACAAUUCAACAACAUAGUGAACAAGCUGAGGUUGAUGGAGCAGAAAUUUCAGGAAGUAGAUGAAUGGCUUAAAAAAACAGAGGAGAAAGUUAGUCUCAGAACAGGACGCCAGUCUAACCGGGCAGCCAAGGAGAUGCAGUUACAUCAGAUGAAGAAAUGGCGUGAAGAAGUGACUGCACAUAAAGAUGAAGUCGAGGAGGUGGGAGCUAAAGCCCAGGAGAUACUGGAUGAGAGCCACGUGAACAGCAGAAUGGGCUGCCAGGCCACCCAGCUGACCUCCAGAUACCAGGCCCUGCUCCUCCAAGUGCUGGAACAAAUCAAAUUCCUGGAAGAAGAGAUUCAGAGUUUGGAAGAAUCAGAAUUAUCUCUCAGUUCCUAUUCUGAUUGGUAUAGCUCUACUCAUAAAAAUUUUAAGAAUGUGGCUACCAAAAUUGAGAAAGUAGAUAAAAAAGUGAUGGAGAAAAAAUUGAAGACAUUAGAGGUUUUGUUAAAAGACAUGGAUAAAGGCCACAGUUUGUUGAAGUCAGCCCGGGAAAAAGGAGAGAAGGCAGCUAAGUACUUGGAGGAAGGCGAGGCAGAGAUGCUAAGAAAAGACAUCCAUGAUCAGGUGGAGAAGCUUGAGGAACUGACCGGCACCAUGAGAAAAGAGCACGUGACUGUGGAAAAAGGUCUUCAUUUAGCAAAAGAAUUCUCAGAUAAAUGUAAAGCGCUGACUCGUUGGAUAGCAGAAUACCAGGAAAUUCUACAGGUUCCUGAAGAACCCAAAAUGGAAUUAUACGAGAAGAAAGCUCAGUUAUCUAAGUACAAGUCAUUGCAGCAAACUGUACUGUCUCAUGAACCAGCAGUCAACUCAGUGAGAGAGAAAGGUGAAGCUCUUCUGGAUUUGAUCCAAGAUGUUACUUUAAAGGACAAAAUAGACAAACUUCAGAGAGAUUACCAGGACCUCUGCAGCAUGGGAAAGGAACAUGUCCUCUGCCUGGAGGCAAAAGUUAAAGACCAUGAAGACUAUAACAGUGAGCUCCAAGAAGUGGAGAAGUGGCUGCUGCAGAUGUCUGGGAGGCUGGUGGCACCUGACCUUCUGGAGACGAGCAGCCUGGAGACAAUUACUCAGCAGCUGGCCCAUCACAAGGCCAUGAUGGAAGAAAUUGCUGGUUUUGAAGACCGUUUGAACGACCUGAAAGUUAAAGGUGACACUCUGCUUGGCCAGUGUGCAGAUCACCUGCAAGAGAAACUGAAACAGAGUGUGCGUGCCCACCUUCAGGGCACAAGGGACAGUUACUCAGCAAUCUGCAGCACAGCCCAGCGCGUGUACCAGAGUCUGGAGCAUGAACUUCAGAAGCAUGUCAGCCGGCAAGAUACCCUGCAGCAGUGCCAGGCCUGGCUUUCCACGGUCCAGCCAGACCUAAAGCCAAGUCCACAGCCACCUCUUAGCCGGGCAGAAGCCGUCAAGCAGGUCAAACACUUUAGAGCUUUGCAGGAGCAAGCAAGGACUUACUUGGAUCUCCUUUGUUCCAUGUGUGACUUGUCCAACUCUUCGGUAAAAACCACAGCAAAAGACAUUCAGCAAACAGAACAAAUGAUCGAACAAAGGCUCGCUCAGGCACAGAACUUAACUCAGGGCUGGGAAGAGAUCAAGCACCUAAAGGCUGAGCUGUGGAUUUACCUUCAGGACGCCGAUCAGCAACUACAGAACAUGAAGAGGAGGCACUCUGAACUGGAGCUAAACAUCGCCCAGAACAUGGUAGCCCAAGUCAAGGAUUUUGCUAAACAACUGCAGUGCAAACAGGCAUCCAUGAGCACCAUCUUAGAAAAAGUGAAUAAGUUAACAAAGAAGCAGGAAUCUCCUGAGCACAAGGAGAUAAGUCACUUAAAUGACCAGUGGCUGGAUCUGUGCCUUCAGUCGGACAAACUGUGUUCUCAAAGAGAACAGGACCUUCAGAGAACAAGAGAGUAUCAUGACCGUAUGAAUGUUGUGGAAGCAUUCUUAGAAAAAUUCACUACAGAAUGGGAUAACCUGGCCAGAUCUGAUGCAGAGAGCACAGCUGUCCACUUGGAAGCUUUGAAAAAGCUGGCCUUGGCCUUGCAAGACAGAAAGUAUGCCAUUGAAGAUCUGAAAGAUCAAAAGCAAAAAAUGAUAGAACAUCUGAAUCUAGAUGACAAAGAAUUAGUCAAAGAACAGACAAGUCACUUUGAACAACGCUGGUUUCAGCUCGAGAGCCUCGUUAAAGGGAAAAUUCAAGUGUCAGUCACUAACUUGGAGGAGCUCAAUGUGGUGCAGUCCAAAUUUCAGGAGCUAAUGGAGUGGGCAGAAGAACAACAACCCAACAUUGCUGAGGCUCUCAAGCAGAGUCCCCCGCCUGAUAUGGUACAGAGCCUCCUCAUGGAUCACCUGGCCAUCUGCAGUGAGCUGGAAGCCAAACAGUUACUUCUGAAGUCGCUCACGAAGGAUGCCGACAGGGUUAUGGCUGAUCUUGGCCUCAAUGAGAGGAAGGUGAUCCAGAAGGUCCUCUGUGACGCACAAAGGCAUGUGAACUGUCUCAGUGACUUAGUGGGCCAGAGGAGGAAGUACUUAAACAAAGCACUAUCUGAGAAAACUCAGUUUCUCAUGGCAGUAUUUCAGGCAACUAGCCAAAUUCAACAGCAUGAGCGAAAGAUCAUGUUCCGCGAACACAUCUGCCUGUUACCAGAUGAUGUGAGCAAGCAAGUUAAAACGUGUAAGAGUGCACAAGCCAGUCUCAAGACGUAUCAGAAUGAAGUCACUGGACUUUGGGCCCAGGGUCGUGAAUUAAUGAAAGGAGUCACAGAGCAGGAAAAGGGUGAGGUUCUGGGUAAGCUUCAGGAAUUGCAGAGUGUUUAUGACAGUGUUUUACAAAAGUGCAGUCAUCGGUUACAAGAACUAGAGAAGAAUCUAGUUUCUCGAAAGCAUUUUAAGGAAGAUUUUGAUAAAGCUUGUCAUUGGCUCAAACAAGCAGAUAUUGUUACAUUUCCUGAAAUUAACCUCAUGAAUGAGAGUACUGAGCUUGAUACACAACUGGACAAAUACCAACACAUUCUUGAACAAUCUCCAGAGUAUGAAAAUCUGCUACUUACUCUCCAAAGAACUGGGCAGGCCAUGUUACCCUCCCUGAAUGAAGUCGAUCAUUCCUACCUCAGUGAAAAGCUAAAUGCUCUGCCACAACAAUUUAAUGUCAUUGUCGCCUUAGCUAAAGACAAGUUCUAUAAAGUGCAAGAAACAAUGCUGGCUCGAAAAGAGUAUGCUUCUUUGAUUGCAUUGACAACACAGGCUCUGAGUGAACUCGAAGAUCAGUUUUUAAAGAUGAGAAAAGUUCCCACAGACCUGGCUGUUGAUGAGGCUGUGUCUCUUCAGGACAACUGCAAGGCCCUGCUGGGUGAGGUGGUGGCUCUCGGGGAAGCAGUAGAUGAGCUCAAUCAGAAAAAAGAAAGUUUUCGCAGCACAGGUCAACCUUGGCAGCCAGACAAGAUGCUGCACCUUGUCACCUUGUAUCACAGGCUGAAGAGACAGGCAGAACAAAGGGUAGGCUUAUUAGAAGACACCACGAGCUCUUAUAAGGAGCAUCUAAAGAUGUGCCAACAGCUAAAGAGUCAACUAGAGGCUGUGAAAAUGGAGCAGUCCAAAGUGAAUGAGGAGACUCUGCCCGCAGAGGAGAAGCUCAAAAUGUAUCACUCCUUAGCUGGGAGCCUGCAGGACUCAGGAAUUCUGCUAAAACGAGUGGCCCUGCAUGUGGAGGAUAUUGCUCUGCUCCUGGACCCCUCGGCUUAUGAGAAAGCCAAGCAUCAGGUCCAGGAAUGGCAAGAGGAACUGACACUGUUGACUUCUAGCAUUGGCGAGAUGGUAACAGAGUGUGAGGGCCGAAUGGUACAGAGCAGAGACUUCCAGACAGAGAUGAGCCACUCCCUAGACUGGUUGCGGAGGGUGAAGGCCGAGCUCAGUGGGCCCAUAUGCCUGGACCUCAGUCUCCAGGAUAUCCAGCAGGAAAUCCGCAAGAUUCAGAUCCAGCAGGAGGAGGUCCAGUCCAGCCUGAGAAUCAUGAGCGCCCUGAGUAACAAGGAGAAGGAGAAAUUCACGAAAGCUAAGGAGCUGAUUUCUGCUGACUUAGAACACACACUUGCUGAGCUCGCAGAGCUGGAUGGAGACAUUCAGGAAGCUUUGCGUGCCCGACAGGCUACCUUGACUGAAAUAUAUAGUCAGUGUCAAAGGUAUUAUCAAGUUUUUCAAGCAGCUAAUGAUUGGCUUGAAGAUGCCCAAGAAAUGUUACAGCUGGCAGGCAAUGGCCUAGAUGUGGAGAGUGCAGAGGAAAAUCUCAAAAGCCACAAGGAAUUUUUCAGUACCGAGGAUCAAUUUCACAGUAAUCUGGAGGAACUCCAAGCACUAGUGACCAGGUUGGACCCACUCAUCAAGUCAACUGGCAGAGAAGACCUCACACAGAAGAUGACUUCCCUGGAAGAGAGGAGCCAGAGGAUCACCCAGGACUCCUGUGCCCAGUUAGACCUCUUGCAGAGAUGCACAGUGCAGUGGCAAGAUUAUCAGAAAGCGAGGGAAGAGGUUAUUGAAUUGAUGAAUGAUGCUGAAAAGAAAUUGUCUGCAUUUUCUUUGUUGAAGACAUCUUCCAGUCACGAAGCAGAAGAAAAAUUGUCACAACAUAAGGCAUUAGUGUCGGAGGUUGACUCUUUCCAUGACAAAGUUGUGGCCCUAGAGGAAAAAGCUUCACAACUGGAAAAAUCUGGAAAUGAUGCGAGCAAAGCCACACUAAACAGGUCGACAACUACUGUCUGGCAGCGCUGGACGCGUCUGCGCGCUGUGGCCCAGGACCAGGAGAAGAUCCUGGAAGACGCAGUGGAUGAGUGGAAGGGUUUGAACAAUAAGAUUAAAAAAGCCACUGAAAUCAUUGAUCAACUGCAAGACAAGUUACCUGGAAGUUCAGCAGAAAAAGCCUCCAAAGCAGAACUAUUGUCCCUUCUUGAGUACCAUGAUACUUGUGUGCUAGAGCUGGACCAGCAACAGCUGGCUUUGGGCGUGCUGCAGCAGCAAGCACUGAGCAUGCUUCAGGAUGGAGCCCUCCCCUCUGGAGAAGAGCCACCCACCCUGCAGGAAAUCACAGCUAUGCAAGAUCGGUGCCUCAACAUGCAAGAGAAAGUGAAGAGUAACGGAAAGUUGGUGAGACAAGAGUUGCAAGAGCGAGAAGUGGUGGAGACUCAGAUUAAUUCUGUGAAAUCAUGGGUUCAAGAGACAAAGGAGUAUUUAGGGAACCCAACAAUUGAAGUAGACGCUCAACUUCAAGAACUGCAGAUCCUCCUGACAGAAGCCACAAAUCACAGACAGAACAUUGAGAAACUAGCUGAAGAACAGAAGAAUAAGUACUUAGGCCUUUGUACUAUAGUGCCUUCUGAAAUCUCUCUUCAGUUAGCAGAAGUGGCAUUGGACCUGAAGAUUUAUGACCAGAUCCAAGAAAAAGUAAAAGAAAUUGAGCAGAGCAAGACCAUGAGUCAGGAAUUCAGCCGGCAAAUUCAGCAGGUAGCCAAAGAUCUCACUACGAUUUUAACGAAGCUGAAAGCAAAAACGGAUAAUCUAGUUCAAGCUAAAACUGACCAAAAGGUCCUGGGAGAGGAACUAGAUGGCUGUAAUUCACGGUUAAUGGAAUUAGACGCAGCGGUACAAAAGUUCUCAGAACAGCAUAGUCACCUGAGCAAGCCACUGGCCAAGAAGAUAGGAAAACUGACCGAGCUUCAGCAGCAGACUGUCCGGCAAGCUGAGAAUCGGCUCUCCAAACUCAAUCAGGCAGCAUCACAUUUGGAAGAAUACAAUGAAAUGCUUGAGCUAAUUUUGAAAUGGAUUGAGAAAGCUAAAGUCUUGGUACAUGGAAACAUUGCGUGGAAUUCUGCGAACCAGCUUCGGGAACAGUACAUUUCACAUCAGGCCCUGCUAGAAGAAUCUGAAGAAAUUUACAGUGAUCUGGAAGCAAUGUCUGAGAAAUUACAGUGCCUCACGAGUGUGUACUAUACAGAAAAGAUGUCUCAGCAAGUGACAGAACUGGGACGAGAGACUGAGGAGUUACGGCAGGUGAUAAAAAUUCGUAUGCAGAGCCUCCAAGAUGCAGCCAAGGAUAUGAAAAAAUUCGAAGCAGAGCUGAAAAACUUACAAAUGGCUUUGGAACAAGCUCAAACCACCCUGACUUCUCCAGAAAUUGGGCGCCUGAGUCUCAAAGAGCAACUAUCACAUCGACAGCAUUUGCUGUCUGAGAUGGAGUCAUUGAAGCCAAAGGUGCAAGCCGUGCAGCUCUGCCAGAGCGCUCUGCGGAUCCCCGAGGAUGUGGUGGCCAGCUUGCCACUCUGCCACGCCGCCCUGCACCUGCAGGAGGAGGCCAGCCGGCUGCAGCACUCCGCCAUCCAGCAGUGCAACCUCAUGCAGGAGGCAGUGGUCCAGUACGAACAGUAUGAGCAAGAGAUGAAGCACCUCCAGCAGCUUAUAGAAAGUGCACACAGAGAGAUCGAGGACAAACCUGUGGCCACCAGCAACAUCCAGGAGCUGCAAGCCCAGAUAACACGGCACGAGGAGCUGGCGCAGAAAAUCAAGGGCUACCAGGAGCAGAUUGCCUCUUUGAAUUCCAAAUGCAAGAUGCUGACAAUGAAAGCCAAGCACGCCACCAUGCUGCUGACGGUGACAGAGGUCGAGGGGCUGGCAGAAGGCACCGAGGAUCUGGAUAGAGAGCUCCUCCCCACACCGUCGGCCCACCCCUCUGUGGUUAUGAUGACUGCAGGUCGCUGUCACACUUUGCUGUCACCUGUCACUGAGGAGUCUGGGGAAGAGGGAACCAACAGUGAGAUUUCUUCUCCACCUGCUUGUCGCUCCCCUUCACCUGUGGCUAAUACAGAGGCUUCUGUUAACCAGGACAUUGCUUAUUACCAAGCCUUGUCUGCUGAGAGGCUGCAGACAGAUGCUGCCAGGAUCCACCCCAGCACAUCAGCAUCCCAGGAGUUCUAUGAGCCAGGACUGGAGCCAUCUGCUACUGCCAAACUGGGUGAUUUGCAGCGUUCUUGGGAAACUUUAAAAAACGUGAUCAGUGAAAAGCAGCGCACGCUGUAUGAGGCUUUGGAACGCCAGCAGAGGUACCAGGACUCUCUCCAGUCCAUCUCGACAAAAAUGGAGACCAUUGAGAUGAAGCUUAGUGAGAGCCUCAAGCCCGGCAGGAGUCCGGAAAGCCAGAUGGCCGAACAUCAGUCUUCCCUGCAGGCGCUGAUGGACGAGAUCCUCAUGGUCCAGGACGAAAUCAACGCGCUGCAGGCCUCCCUGGCAGAGGAGAUGGUGUUCGAGGCGCGGGAGUCAGACCCUGCAGAGCAGCUGGCCCUGCAGUCCACACUCACGGUGCUGGCCGAGCGCAUGUCCACCAUCCGGAUGAAGGCUGCGGGCAAACGACAGCUGCUGGAGGAGAAGUUAAACGAUCAGUUGGAGGAACAGAGGCACAAGCAGGCUCUGCAGCGGUACCUCUGCGAAGCCGAUGAACUGGAUCACUGGCUCUUGAGCACAAAGGCCAAUCUGGAUGUCGCCCUCGGUGCGCCCACGGAGCCAAUGGACAUGGAGGCCCAGCUGGUGGACUGCCAGAACAUGCUGGUGGAGAUCGAGCAGAAGGUGGUGGCCCUGUCUGAGCUGUCCCUCCACAACGAGAAUCUGCUGCUGGAGGGCAAGGCACACACGAAGGAUGAGGCCGAGCAUCUGGCCGGGAAGCUGAGGACGCUCAAAGGGAGCCUCCUGGAGCUGCAGAGAGCCCUUCGAGACAGACAGCUGCACAUCCAGCAGGGAACUUCACAAGAGAAGGAGGAAAGCGAUGCUGACCCCACGGCCGCUCAGAGCCCUGGUCUGCAGGAAUGGUUGGCUCAAGUUCGCACCACUCGGACCCACCAGCGGCAAAACAGUCUCCAACAGCAAAAAGAAUUAGAGCAGGAAUUAGCUGAGCAGAAGAGCCUUCUCCAGUCAGUAGCCAGCCGUGGAGAGGAGAUUCUAACCCAACAUUCAGCUGCAGAAGCCGCCAGUGGCCUUGGUGAAAAACCUGAUGUGUUAUCCCAGGAGUUGGGACAAGAAGGGGAGAAAUCAACUGCAGAAGACCAGAUGAGAAUGAAAUGGGAAAGCCUACAUCAAGAAUUUAGUACCAAACAGAAGCUACUACAGAGUGUUCUGGAACAAGAACAAGAGCAAGUGCUAUACAGUAGACCAAAUCGGCUUCUGUCUGGUGUGCCACUGUACAAAGGCGAAGGACAGACCCAGGAUAAAUCCGCAGUGACGUCAUUACUGGAUGGACUGAACCAGGCCUUUGAGGAGGUUUCAUCCCAGGAUGCUGGAGCAAAGAAUCAAAAUAUGCACUUGGAACAGAAGCUCUAUGAUGGUGUCUCAGCUACCUCCACUUGGUUGGAUGAUGUUGAAGAGCGGUUAUUUGUUGCCACAGCACUUUUACCAGAAGAAACAGAAACUUGUCUCUUUAACCAGGAGGCUCUUGCCAAAGACAUUAAGGAAAUGUCUGAAGAAGUGGAUAAGAACAAGAACUUGUUUUCCCAAACUUUUCCAGAGAAUGGUGAUAACCGAGAUGUUAUUGAAGAUACUUUGGAGUGUCUUUUGGGCAGAUUAUCCCUACUGGACUCAGUAGUGGAUCAGCGGUGCCAUCAGAUGAAAGAAAGACUCCAGCAAAUACUAAGUUUCCAGAAUGACAUGAAGGUGCUGUUUUCCUCACUGGCUGACAACAAAUACAUCAUUCUUCAGAAACUGGCGAAUGUGUUUGAACAGCCUGUAGCAGAACAGAUCGAGGCAAUACAGCAGGCUGAAGAGGGACUAAAGGAACUGGAUGCAGGAAUCACAGAAUUAAAAAGACGUGGUGACAAGCUGCAGAUUGAGCAGCCUUCCCUGCAAGAACUCUCCAAGCUCCAGGACAUGUAUGAUGAACUGGUGAUGACCAUUGGCUCACGAAGGAGUGGUCUGAAUCAAAAUCUUGUACUCAAGAGUCAGUACGAACGGGCUCUGCAGGAUCUGGCAGACCUGCUAGAAACUGGAGGAGAGAAGAUGGCAGGAGAUCAGAAAAUCAUUGUGUCUUCCAAAGAAGAAAUUCAACAAUUACUCGACAAACAUAAGGAAUACUUUCAGGGUCUGGAAUCUCAUAUGAUCUUGACAGAAAUGCUCUUCAGAAAGAUCAUCAGCUUUGCAGUCCCAAAGGAAACCCAGUGCCAUGCGGACCUGAUGGCUCAGGCAUCUACUGUGCUGAAGCGGGCACACAAGAGGGGUGUGGAGCUGGAGUACAUCUUAGAGACUUGGUCCCGUCUAGAUGAGGACCUGCAGGAGCUCAGCAGACAGCUGGAGGUGGUGGAAAACAGCAUCCCAAGUGUGGGUCUGGUGGAGGAGAGUGAGGACAGGCUCAUCGAACGGACCAGCCUCUACCAGCAUUUAAAAUCCAGCCUCAAUGAAUACCAGCCCAAAUUAUAUCAAGUAUUAGAAGAUGGAAAACGACUGCUGAUAUCAGUCAGCUGCUCAGAUCUAGAAAGCCAGCUAAAUCACCUUGGAGAGAACUGGCUAAGUAAUACCAAUAAAGUGUCUAAGGAACUUCACAGAUUGGAGACAAUAUUGAAACACUGGACCAGAUAUCAAAGUGAGUCUGCAGAUCUAAUUCACUGGUUACAGUCUGCAAAAGACAGGCUGGUAUUUUGGACUCAGCAAUCUGUGACAGUCCCACAAGAACUAGAAAUGGUCCGUGAUCAUCUAAAUGCUUUCCUGGAAUUUUCUAAAGAAGUGGAUGCUAAAUCUGCCCUCAAAUCAUCUGUUCUGAGCACUGGAAAUCAGCUUCUCCGAUUGAAGAAGGUGGACACAGCUCCCCUGCGUUCUGAGUUGUCCCACAUUGACAGCCAGUGGAUGGACAUCCUGACUAAUAUUCCAGCUAUCCAGGAAAAGCUCCACCAGCUCCAAAUGGACAAGCUGCCUUCCCGCCAUGCCAUUUCUGAAGUCAUGAGUUGGAUCUCUUUAAUGGAAAGUGUUAUUCAGAAGGAUGAAGAAGAUAUAAAAAAUGCCAUAGGUUACAAAGCAAUUCAUGAAUACCUUCAGAAAUACAAGGGUUUUAAAAUAGAUAUUAACUGUAAACAGCUAACAGUCGAUUUUGUGAACCAGUCUGUGCUACAAAUCAGCAGCCAGGAUGUGGAAAGUAAACGGAGUGAUAAGACCGAUUUUGCUGAGCAACUUGGAGCAAUGAAUAAAAGUUGGCAAAUUCUGCAAGGUCUAGUGACCGAGAAGAUCCAGCUGUUGGAAGGCUUACUGGAAUCUUGGUCAGAAUAUGAAAAUAAUGUACAAUGUCUGAAAACUUGGUUUGAAACCCAGGAAGAGAGACUGAAACAACAACACCAAAUUGGAGACCAGGCUUCUGUUCAGAAUGCGCUGAAAGACUGUCAGGAUCUUGAAGAUUUGAUUAAAGCAAAAGAAAAAGAAGUAGAGAAAAUUGAGCAGAACGGGCUUGCUUUGAUUCAGAACAAGAAAGAAGAAGUGUCCGCCACUGUCCUGUGCACGCUGCAGGAGCUCAACCGGACCUGGGCAAAUUUAGAGCACAUGGCAGGACAACUAAAGAUACGGUUGAAGUCUGUGCUUGACCAGUGGGACCAACACAAAGUGGCCUUGGAAGAGAUGAACAGUCACCUCAUGGAGGCCAGAUACUCCCUGUCCCGAUUCCGACUGCUGACCGGCUCCUUCGAAGCUGUGCAGGUUCAGGUAGACAAUCUUCAGAAUCUUCAUGAUGACUUAGAAAAACAGGAAAGGAGCUUAGAGAAAUUUGGCGCUGUCACCAACCAACUAUUAAAAGAGUGUCACCCACCUGUGACAGAAACGCUCACCAAUACACUGAAAGACAUCAAUAUGAGAUGGAAUAACUUGCUGGAAGAGAUUGCUGAGCAGCUGCACUGGAGCAAGGCCCUCCUUCAGCUUUGGCAGCGCUUCAAAGACUACUCUAGUCAGUGCGCCUCCACAGUUCAGCAGCAGGAGGAACGCACCAAUGAGCUGUUGAAGGCAGCCACGAACAAGGACAUCGCUGACAAUGAGGUGGCUACGUGGAUUCAAGACUGCAAUGACCUCCGCAAAGGACUUGGGACCAUUAAAGACUCCCUCUUCAUUCUCCAUGAGCUGGGAGAACAACUCAAGCAGCAAGUGGAUGCUUCAGCAGCCGAGGCCAUUCAGUCCGAUCAGCUCUCCCUCAGCCAGCACUUGUGCACCCUGGAGCAAGCUCUUUGCAAACAGCAGACAAUGUUACAGGCUGGAGUUGUUGACUUUGAAACCUUUGCCAAGAGUUUGGAAGCUCUGGAGGCCUGGAUUGUAGAAGCUGAAGAGGUGCUCCAAGGCCAGGACCCCACCCACUCGUCCGACCUCUCCACCAUCCAGGAAAGGAUGGAAGAACUUAAAGGACAGAUGUUAAAAUUUAGCAGCAUGGCUCCAGAUUUAGACCGUCUCAAUGAACUGGGGUAUAGGUUGCCCCUGAAUGACAAGGAAAUCAAGAGGAUGCAGAAUCUGAACUGUCUCUGGUCUCUCACCUCCUCUCAGACUACAGAAAGAUUUAGUAAGUUGCAGUCAUUUUUGCUACAACAUCAGACUUUCUUGGAAAAAUGUGAGACAUGGAUGGAAUUCCUGAUACAAACGGAGCAAAAGUUAGCAGUGGAGAUUUCAGGCAAUUAUCAGCAUCUUUUGGAACAGCAGAGAGCACAUGAGUUGUUUCAAGCUGAGAUGUUCAGUCGUCAGCAGAUUUUGCAUUCAAUCAUUAUUGAUGGGCAACGUCUUCUAGAACAAGGUCAAGUUGAUGACAGGGAUGAGUUCAACUUGAAAUUGACCCUCCUUAGCAAUCAAUGGCAGGGUGUGAUUCGCAGGGCCCAGCAGAGGCGAGGGAUCAUUGACAGCCAGAUUCGCCAGUGGCAGCGCUAUAGAGCGAUGGCAGAAAAGCUGCGUAAAUGGCUGGUGGAAGUGUCCUACCUACCCAUGAAUGGUCUUGGAAGUGUCCCUGUACCAUUGCAACAAGUGAGGACCCUCUUCGAUGAAGUACAGUUCAAGGAAAAAGUAUUCCUGCGGCAGCAGGGCAGCUACAUUCUGACCGUGGAGGCCGGCAAGCAGCUCCUGCUCUCCACGGACAGCGCAGCUGAGGCCGCCUUGCAGGCAGAACUCACUGAAAUCCAAGAGAAAUGGAAAUCCGCCAGCCUACAUCUGGAGGAGCAAAAGAAAAAACUGGCCUUCUUGUUGAAAGAUUGGGAAAAAUGUGAGAAAGGAGUAGCUGAUUCUCUGGAGAAGCUAAAAAAUUUCAAAAGGAAGCUUUCUCAACCUCUACCAGAUCACCAUGAGGAACUCCAUGCAGAGCAGAUGCGGUGCAAGGAAUUAGAAAAUGCAGUUGGGAGCUGGACAGAUGACUUAACAGAGCUGACACUGCUGAGGGGGACCCUCGCCGCCUACAUCAGUGCCGAUGACAUCUCCAUCCUUAACGAACGCAUAGAGCUUCUGCAGAGGCAGUGGGAAGAGCUGUGCCACCAGGUCUCCUUAAGGCGACAGCAAGUAGGUGAAAGACUGAAUGAAUGGGCAGUCUUCAGUGAAAAGAACAAGGAGCUCUGUGAGUGGCUGACCCAGAUGGAAAGCAAAGUUUCCCAGAAUGGAGACAUCCUCAUUGAGGAAAUGAUAGAGAAGCUCAAGAAGGAUUACCAAGAGGAAAUUGCUGUUGCCCAGGAGAACAAAAUACAGCUCCAGCAAAUGGGAGAACGACUUGCCAAAGCCAGCCACGAGACCAAAGCAUCUGAGAUUGAGUACAAGCUAGGAAAGGUCAAUGACCGCUGGCAGCAUCUCCUGGAUCUCAUCGCAGCCAGGGUGAAGAAGCUGAAGGAGACCUUGGUGGCCGUGCAGCAGCUCGAUAAGAACAUGAGCAACCUACGGACUUGGCUCGCCCACAUUGAGUCAGAACUGGCCAAACCGAUAGCCUACGAUUCCUGUGACUCAGAAGAAAUACAGAGAAAGCUUAAUGAGCAGCAGGAGCUUCAGAAAGACAUUGAGAAGCACAGCACGGGUGUCGCCUCUGUCCUCAAUCUGUGUGAAGUCCUGCUGCAUGACUGUGAUGCUUGUGCCACCGAUGCUGAGUGUGACUCCAUCCAGCAGGCAACACGAAACCUGGACCGGCGGUGGAGAAACAUCUGCGCUAUGUCCAUGGAAAGGAGGCUCAAAAUUGAAGAAACAUGGCGACUGUGGCAAAAGUUUCUGGAUGACUAUUCUCGUUUUGAAGAUUGGUUGAAGAUUUCAGAAAGGACAGCUGCUUUUCCCAGCUCUUCUGGGGUGCUCUAUACAGUUGCCAAGGAAGAACUAAAGAAAUUUGAGGCUUUCCAGAGACAGGUCCACGAGACUCUGACCCAGCUGGAGCUCAUCAACAAGCAGUACCGCCGGCUGGCCCGAGAGAACCGAACUGACUCGGCGUGCAGCCUCAAACAGAUGGUUCACGACGGCAACCAGAGAUGGGACAACCUGCAAAAGCGUGUCACCUCCAUCCUGCGCAGACUCAAGCAUUUUAUUAGCCAGCGCGAGGAGUUUGAGACCGCACGGGACAGCAUUCUGGUCUGGCUGACAGAGAUGGAUCUGCAGCUCACUAAUAUUGAACAUUUUUCUGAGUGUGAUGUUCAAGCUAAAAUAAAACAACUUAAGGCCUUCCAGCAAGAAAUUUCCCUGAACCACAGUAAGAUUGAGCAGAUCAUCGCACAGGGUGAGCAGCUGAUAGAGAAGAGUGAGCCUCUGGAUGCGGCUGUCAUCGAGGAGGAGCUGGAUGAACUCCGCCGCUACUGCCAGGAGGUCUUCGGGCGCGUGGAAAGAUAUCAUAAGAAACUGAUCCGCCUGCCUCUACCGGAUGAUGAGCAUGACCUCUCUGACCGGGAGCUGGAGCUGGAUGACUCUGCAGCCCUCUCAGACCUGCACUGGCAGGACUCAUCUGUGGACGGUGUGCUCUCCCCCCAGCCUUCCUCCAACCCCUCCCUCUCACUCCCCCAGCCCCUGCGCAGUGAGCGGUCAGGACGGGACACCCCGGCGAGCGUGGACUCUAUCCCCCUGGAGUGGGAUCAUGACUAUGACCUCAGUCGUGACCUGGAGUCCGCAGUGUCCAGGACUUUGCAGUCUGAGGAUGAAGAGGGCCAGGAAGAGAAGGAUUUCUACCUCAGGGGAGCAGUCGGCUUAUCAGAUGUAGUGAUCCCCGAGAGCCCUGAGGCCUAUGUAAAACUCACAGAAAAUGCCAUCAGAAAUACCUCUGGGCAUCACAGCGCCUUGGAGUCACAGAUCCAACAACUGGACAAAGCCCUGGAUGACAGUCGCUUCCAGCUGCAGCAAACUGAAAAUGUCCUACGCAGUAGAACUCCUACGGGGCCAGAGCUAGACUCCAGCUACAAAGGCUAUAUGAAACUGCUGGGCGAGUGCAGCGGCAGCAUAGAUUCAGUGCGGAAACUGGAGCACAAACUGAAGGAGGAAGAGGAGAACUUCCCUGGCUUUGUUAACUUGAAUAGUACUGAGAUGCAGACAGCUGGUGUGAUUGACCGAUGGGAGCUCCUACAGGCCCAGGCCCUGAGCAAGGAGUUGAGGAUGAAGCAGAACCUCCAGAAAUGGCAGCAGUUCAAUGCAGACCUGAACAACAUCUGGACCUGGCUUGGGGAGACAGAGGAGGAACUGGAACGACUCCAGCGCCUGGAGCUCAGCACCGACAUCCAGACCAUUGAGCAUCAGAUCAAAAAGCUCAAGGAGCUCCAGAAAGCAGUGGACCACCGCAAAGCCAUCAUCCUCUCCAUCAACCUCUGCAGCUCUGAGUUCACUCAGGCUGACAGUAAGGAGAGCCAGGACCUGCGCGAUCGCCUGUCCCAGAUGAACGGGCGCUGGGACAGGGUGUGCUCCUUACUGGAGGACUGGCGGGCUCUGCUACAGGACGCACUCAUGCAGUGCCAGGAUUUCCAUGAAAUGAGCCAUGGUUUACUGCUUAUGCUGGAGAAUAUUGACAGAAGAAAAAAUGAAAUUAUCCCUAUUGAUUCUCACCUUGAUACAGAGAUACUCCAAGAUUAUCACAAGCAGCUGAUGCAAAUACGGCGUGAGCUGUCAGAGUCUCAGCUCAAAGUGACCUCACUGCAAGACAUGUCUUGCCAACUCUUGGUCAAUGCUGAAGGCACUGACUGUUUGGAAGCCAAAGAAAAAGUUCAUGUCAUUGGAAAUCGGCUCAAACUUCUCUUGAAAGAGGUCAGUCGUCAUAUCAAGGACCUGGAAAAGUUACUGGACAUGUCGAGCAGUCAGCAGGAUUUGUCUUCCUGGUCUUCUGCUGAUGAACUGGAUACCUCGGGAUCUGUGAGUCCUACGUCAGGAAGAAGUACCCCAAACAAACAGAAACCGCCACGAGGCAAAUGUAGUGUCUCACAGCCUGGACCCUCUGUCAGCAGUCCAAAUAGCAGGUCCACAAAAGGUGGCUCCGAUUCCUCCCUUUCUGAGCUGCGGCCAGCUCGGUCAGGCCGAGCCUUCCUGUUCCGGGUCCUCCGGGCAGCUUUCCCCCUUCAGCUUCUCCUGCUGCUCCUCGUCGGGCUCGCCUGCCUUGUACCAAUGUCAGAAGAAGACUACAGUUGUGCCCUCUCCAACAAUUUUGCCCGAUCAUUCCACCCCAUGCUCAGAUACACAAACGGCCCUCCUCCACUCUGAACGAAGCAAAUGCCAUCAGCUAAAGUGCCGGGAGCCUGAGGAGUAGGGACCCAGAAGCAGUCCCCACUAUUGAAGAGGACCUUCAUCUUGGCAGAAGCCCUUGACCAGGCAGCUUUCUCUCUACUCCAUAUCCUGGAGUGCAAGUCACGGUUUCUGAUGUAGAUGAACCACACAAGAGGGAACUAUACAGAAGGUCUAGAAGAAAUUUUGUUUGAGAGUCUGAUUGGGUAAGGACGCCCAAAGUUACCCUGGACUUGUGAAUUCUGGGCCUUUGGCCCAUCAACACAUAGCCAAGGACUUGAGUAGAUCAUCUGGGCAGCUUUCCCGUGGUGCUGCUCCAUCCACCCAAGAAACAACCCUCCUGAGCGCCAUGUUAGUGUAAUACAAUCCACCAUCCAAUCAGUGCUGAAGAGAUUUUAGAACCUUGUAACAUACAGUUUUUAAGAGCUUAUAUGGCAACUUUCUAUGUACUUUUUUCUUCUUCUUCUUUUGGGCAUGAUGUUCUAACUUUCGCUUUAGAAGCACAAGCUGUAAAUCUAAAAGGCACUUUUUAAAAAGAUAUAAAGAAAAACUAGAUGUAAUAAAUAAAAUUACAGAAGGCUUUAUGUGAAGAUAAAGUUGUAUGUUAUAGUAUAAAGAAGAUAUUUAUGUAAUGUACAGUUUGCUAAAGCCAAGCUUUGUUUGUAUUGAUUUCUUUGCAUUUAUUAUAGAUAUUAUAAAAUA